UUCCGCUUUCCACGUUCCGGACAGACGCACACUAUAAAAAGCGCCAACUCCUCCCCAUGGACAGGCAAACGACAACCGAUAAUCGCCAUGUCCACAACAAUAAGCGUAGCCUUGCUCUGUGCCCUUCUGGCGCAGCUGGCGUCUGCUGGCCAGCAGCAGCUGCUCCUCGCGCGCCCUCAGCGCAGCUCGCUCUUCGAUGGGUCGCCGCCCUUGGACCCUUUUGCAGCCUCCUUCGGCUCCAUUGGCCAGCUGGCGGCACCCGGCUGGAACAGCGUGACACCACCUGGCGGCGAGUGGGCCUACAAUCCCAUUGGACUCGGACACAUGAGCAAGGACGAGCUGGUCACACUGCUCGACGCUUGGCGCGAGGUGGAGCAGGAGGCGGCCACCAGCCCAGCGCCAGAGCCUGUGGAAACCACCACCAAGGUGCCGGCACCACCACCACCAGCACCCAUGCGUCCCCGGCCGCCUCCUCCUCCUCCACCUCCGCCACGUCCAUUGGUGCUGGCGCCUGCUGCCAAUCCAUUGCCUCCCGGCACUCCGGUCACCGUUCGACUCCCUGCCUUUGUGCCCGUCCGACUGGCGGCCAUGUUCACUCCUCCCGCAGCCGCUGCUCCCCCAGCUGCCGCUCCCGGGGAUGACCUGGACACCGACGUGGUGCCAGACGAAGAGGCGAUGCCGCGCCUCUUCCGCUUCAUGCAGAUGGCCCCCUCCCCACGACACCAGCAGCAGCAGCAGCAGCAGCAUCAGUUCGUGGUGCGGAAUACGCUGGACAGCAUCGAGGCGGGCACCUCGCCGACCAGGAACCGCGUGAAGCCCAGCCCGAGGGCGGCCCAGCCCCAGCCCCAGCCACAGCCCCUGCCAGCCCCACAGUCAGCGCCAGCGCCAGUGUCUGCCUUCCGUCCCAGGUUCGGAAUGCCGCCCCACAUGGCCAACGCCCGCUUCGAGCUGGUGCCCUCGUCCCAGAUCAUCGGCGAAUGGCGGGAGUGAACCAAAGAGGAGAGCAGAACCCAUCUACGGAUUGAGGACACAUUUUUUUUUAUAUUUCUA